AUCCCCAGUUUACUAAACAGUAUCCAGACCAACAAUGUGCGGCAGUUGGGCCUUCUACUGGGCGGUCCCGUGAGCAGCGAGGACAAAGACAAAGCUUUGCUCCAUGCCUGUAGAGAGGGACUUGUGCAACAUGUGCUCUGCCUCCUGGACGGUGGCGCAGAUCCGAACAGUUCAGAUGCAAGUGGAAACACACCUCUUUAUGUGACGGUCCAAGGUGGCCACAGUGACGUGGCGAGGACGCUGUGUCUGUCAGGUGCCCGGGUGAACUGUAGGGGUGCUGGGUGGACCUCAGCGCUGCAUGUGGCAGCUAAAGCGGGACACGACGACUGCUUAGACAUACUACUUGAACACGGCAUCCAGAUAAAUGCACAAGACUCGAGUGGCAGCACAAGCUUAAUGCUGGCCGUCCGAUACAAACAGUAUGUGGCGAUCAGCACUCUACUGGCGUCUGGCUGUGACGUAAAUGUGCAGGACAAGGAGGGCAGGACGGCACUGCAUUACGCCAGCCACACUGCUGUGGCAGUCGACUCGCUCAUCAGUGCAGGGGCUGACGUCAACAUCCUUGACAACCAUGGAUGCUCCCCCCUGCUCAUGGCUGCCACAGAGGGCCUGGACAAAGUAGUACACGCAUUGUGCAACGUACCCGGGUGCGAUGUGAACCUCAGUAACUUGUCAGCCAAAAAGACCCCUUUGCACAUUUUGUCCUAUAAAGGUCACACCAGAGCUGUCCGAGAUCUGCUGGCGUGUAGAGCAGACGUGAACCUAUUGGACGCUGACCACCGCUCGCCUCUGUGGUACUCGAUCACAAAUGGAAAAUGUGACGUCACAGCUGCCUUGCUGAGUUCACCAAGACUGCAAACCUUUUGUCAAAUCGCUGAGGAGAAGGUGGAGGAGUUGUGUCCCCUGGAGCAGGCCGCUGUCAAAGGAAGAGUGGACAUCCUGAAACUGGCCAUUUGGAGCGGGUAUGACAAUGUCCACUUGAGAAAUAUUUUGAGCCGAAAUGACGUCCGAGCUAUAUUUGAGAAGCAUCAGAUAACCCAUUGGCUUGAAACAGGCUUGCAGGUCCCAACACUUCGCCAUCUUUGCAGACAGCGUUUACGUUACCACAUGAGAACAGAGUUUUCAGAGAGAGUGGAACGUCUUCCCAUUCCCGACAAACUGGUCAAUUACUUGUCUUUCAAAGAACUGGAAGAUUUGAAAGUCAGUUAGUCUUUGCAAAGCAUUUCAUCUAAACACGUAUUUGAAAAUGUUUGCUGAAGAUUUUUGCUCUUAUUCAAAUUAUAUAAUUACAGUCUAGCACGCACACAGUGAACAAGCACAUUGCGAAAACAUUUGCAGGACUCAAUUUUUGUUUGUUAUACAUGUAUUUAAAACACCUACAUAACGAAAUUUGUAAACAACGGAAAGAUUUCAGUGUUCCGCUGAUUUCGCUAUGUGAGUGCUAGACCUGAUAUCACGAUAAUCUGCUUAACUUGUUUCUGUGGUGUUUGGUUCUUAAAAACACGCAUUUGGAGAUGUU